AUGUUAUAUCAUGACCAGUUACUGACAAAAGAAGGUCCAUUGGCUCAAGUAUGGCUGGCAGCAAAUUUGGAAAAAAAGCUGACCAAGGCUCAGUUACUGAAAACUUCUAUUCCUGAGUCAACCGAGGCAAUACGAGAGUCGUCUUCAAUUGAUCAAGGCACCGUAGAGAAAGACCAAACCGCGUCUCAGACAGCGCUAGAGCCACUGGCAUUGAGAUUGACUGGCCAGCUGCUUUAUGGAGUGGUUAGAAUAUACUCUAGAAAGGCCAAAUACUUGCUAGAUGAUGUCAAUGAGGCCCUGUUGAGGAUCAAAACCGCCUUUAGAAGUAAAACUGAGUUGCUCUAUCAAGAACCGUUGAAUUUUGACGACCUAUUAGGCUCUCAAGAGGCUCCAGAGGAGGAGGUUGGCAAUAAUACUUCAAUAGAAAUCGGAAGAGGCCACGAGGUAGAUGAUCUAGAAAAUAACCCAGCGGAAGCAACGUUGGACUUAGACUUCGACUUGGGCGAUAAUGAUCAAGGUGAUCAUGACUUAGACGUUGAUCAAUCAAUAGAAAUAGGCAGAGACGACGAUAAUAUCCUAGCACAGGACUCCACCGCUUUGCCUGAAUUAACGUUUGAAAACCUUCCGGCAGAAAAUGCUCAGGAUGAACCUUUUGAUUUUGAUAUGGGCCCCCUAACUCCGUUUGCAGAGGAGGACGAAGUUAACGAGGCGUCAACUCCACAAGACACUGACAUCCCAGAAAUUCACCAACCACAAACCGUCAGCCCACAAAAACGACGAACCUCCCUCUGGGAAAAAUUUCAAGACUCAGAUGUGGUUAGAACCACCAAGAGAAAAAUUAUCAUAGACACAGUUACCGAGAUUCCCAGCGAUGUAAUAAAGAAACAACUAAAGACGCCCCCAGCAUCCACUGACGAUGAAGAAGCAUUAACCCAGCAUGAAGCGCAACUCGAUGAUGCUACUAAACUUCAGAUACUUUUACAAUCCAGCAACGAGGGCAUUAUGAAGCCCACUCUCUUUGGUAUUUUAGAGAACGACUUCAAACGAAGGAAGUUGAACGAAGAUAAAGAAAAAAGCAUGGAGCCCGACGUAGACGUUGAUCUGAACGAACCCACACAACAAGGGGAUGAUGCUAAUGAUUUUAAUGUGGACUUUGAUGAGCCUCCUCAAGAACAGGAUAUAAGUUUUGGUUUUGGAGACCAAUCCGGUCUAGACUUUGAUGAUCAAGAUGAACAGUUUGAGGGAUCCAUUCCUUCCUUUCAAUAUGGUUCCCAAGAUGGAAACAUUCUCAAUGAUGAAGAAGAGAACGCCACUUCUGAAUUCAACAACGGUGUGGUUUCUGAAUCUACUUAUAAGAUUGUGUCCUACCUAAAGGAAGGCCUUGGAGAGACAAUGACUGAGUCAAAAACUAUAACUUUUUCUCAACUAGUGUCAAAAGACUUGGAAUUGGAUUCAUCCAGCUCUACCAAUUCCAAAAGAAAAGCUACAAGAGCAUUUUUUGAGCUAUUGGUUUUAGCCUCAAGUGAUGCAGUUGCUCUGAAACAAGAAAGACUUUUUGGAGAGCUUGAAAUAGAAGCUAGGGAUGAGCUGUAUUCUCGCUUUGUAUAG